GAACGAACCCUGGGCAGGCUCACCCGGAAUCAGCCAUGGAGCACUUCCUGAGGGCGGCAAAUGCCGCCCAGGGCGCGGCGGACGCUGCCACAAAAUUGUUCAAUGAGCUACAAGUGGUGCAGAAGUCGAAAGGCGCUUACCAUGAAUGGAAAACGGACGAGCCUUUCCCGUACGAGGCUCUGCCUACGCCGACAAGCAUCCGCCUGCUCAAGCUGGAGCCCUCCAAGGCAAUGCAAAAGGCCGCAAAAACUGGCAAAGUCCUCAGCGGCGACGCUCACAAUGACGACGAUGAUGUCCGCUUCAUCAUGCGCACAGUGGAGCUGGACCGCAAUCCUCGAUUCACUGCCCUGUCAUAUACAUGGCGCAGACAGCGCUCGCAAGUCACUGCUUGGCGGAGAUGGGCCUACCAUUUCUUCAUGGAACUCGUUCAGGAUAGGCCAGCCGAUUACUCCCUGCCCGACCCUGAUGAUGAGCUUCGAGCUACUCGCAAGGUGACGUGCAACGGCUACGAGAUGAUGGUAUUCGAGAACCUGUUCGAGGCGCUCAAACAGCUACGCAGGGGCCGACCUGGCGAGUGGCUUUGGAUCGAUGCAGUGUGUAUGAACCAGAGUGAUUCGACCGAGCUCACUGCUCAGAUCCAGAUCAUGGGCCGCAUCUACCAAUCUGCGCAACUAGUUGUUGUCUGGCUGGGGCCUUUUCCCGCAAUCGCCGAGGAGGGCCUGAAGACACUCGAGGGAAUUGUUCAAUCCGGUGAGCCUCUAGUCGCCAAUCCAAUAUUUGCCACGAGAGUGGGCAAUGGUGCGGCCGAGGACUGGCGGAUAGAGUCUGCUGCCCUAACGGCAUUCCACCUAGCCUUUCGGUCGUACUUCAAGCGCGUCUGGGUCGUCCAGGAACUUUGCCUCGCUAGGGAGGUCAUAUAUCUGCACGGCAAGCAUGAGAUAAGCUUCGCAACACUACUGACUUCAUGUAAGUGGUGUGUCGACAAGGGCUCAGGCCGUGACAUGGUGGACCUUAAAACCAUGGAGUCCCUCUUGCCCCCUCACUUUACCACGCACAUGCGAUUCCUCCCAACUACCCUUGAUGCCCGCAAAGAGUUCGCCAAGGGCAACAAGUGGACUCUCAUACAGUGGUUCCAUGCCUGCAAUGGGCGUCUAGCAUCUGUCGGCAAGGACUACGUCUUCGCAGGGCUGUCUCUGGUUAGGCAGAGCUGCCUGGACAUUGACCAGCAUCUGCAAGCGACUGAGUCUGGCCCGCCGCCACUACCACGUCGGCCAGUUGGCGGCCAGGAGUCGGGCGAGACGAACGCGGCCGCUGGUCUCUCCAGCAGGUUCUCAGCCCCAGCACCGGCUGCGAACCAAAGUCUGACGCCUAGGGGUUUAUGGCCGAAGUUGGCCCCCGACUAUUCAGCCUCAGACGCGGAAGUUUUUGUCAAUGCGGCUGCAUGUCUCCUAUCUCAUGCCUCCUUGGAGGAUUUUCUUAGGCUGGCUGCGCGCCUCCGAGACCAGCAUCAAUUUAGGGCCGUUGAUUCCCUGCGUCCUCGUGAUCUGGAGGCGUUCUCGGGAUUGCCAAGCUGGACUCCAGCGAUUGGAUCAUGGAUGUCAUGUCUUACGAUGGAUUUGGUACCGCCUGACGCCCAGAGCCCUUUCAAGGUUUCUAUGGUGCCCCAUGAGACCGAUGCACACACAGCCGAUGUAUCGCCCUCCACCAGCGUCUCGAUCUCAGCAGAUGGCAGGACGCUGUCUCUCACCGCUGCAGUCUUCGAGCGCGUGUCUGCUUACGUAUACGAAAAGGAUCCUCCGCAGGGUUUCGCGGAGCUGCGCAAAUUGCUACGGUUUCUGGACCAGCCGUCAGACCUGUACGCCACGAAUCAGGACUCUAGCCUCCAGCAGGUACUUGCCCAGCGGCAAGGAGAGAAUGCCGCCAAGUCGCAGGCCACCCCAUGCCUUUUGGAGGCGGUCGCAUGCGCCAUGGUAGCGGGCCACGUUCACGGGCAGAAGGUCACGCCGUCCCAGGCUGGGACUUGGCUGUGCGAAAAUAUCGAAUCCAAAGUGCAGCAGGUAGUUGCCGAGACGCAGCGAAGUGUUUCAGAUAAUCAACAAAUCAAGCAGACACUGGAAGCAAAGGCUCAGAAACGAGGCCAGAGCAUCGAAUACUUGAAGACUGCAGAGGACGACGAGAACGCCAAGAAGUGGCGAAUCUGCGAUGAGGCUAACAAGCAGGGUCUCGAAGUGGUGACCGAAGUCACAGCCGAGCUUGAAGCGUUGAAGAUCCGUUACUCGCACCUGCAAUGGCUACCCGCCGGCACUAUUGCCGUCGUGCCACGGGAAGAGGACGUGGAGCGCGCCAAGCUAGAGAGAAGGAAUGCCAAGGAGAAACAGCUUGGGGAACUCCUGGAGAAGAGAUCCAUCGAUACCAAGUCGAGCAGCAGCAUUCGCGACGCCUUGGACCGCGGACGGGCGAAGGCGGUCGAGAUCACGGACGACCUAUACGACCGCCUAAACACGUGGGCACUGAGUGUAGGAGGAAAGUUCCGUCGAGUAAUGUCGGACGAGUGCCGCGCCUUCGAAGACGCGUUUAUCGAGACACUCACGUGGCGCCGGUUAUGUUUGACGGCUAAAGGGCACGUCUUGCUGGGACCCCUCUGGCUCGAAGAGGGAGAUGCCGUCAUGCUGCUGCCGGGUGUCUCAGUGCCUUUCAUAUUCGCCCUAGAGAAGGAGGAUUUGAAGAGAGAGAAGGCGAGGAUUGAAGAGAGACUGAGCCAUGUGGAUUCGGGCGACGAUGAGGAGGUCAUGUGGACGGCGGUCAAAGUCCCACAGGAGGCUAGGCUGGCCGAGAUUGAGCAUCGCCUCCAAACGAUUGCAGAACGACCGGGGGAUCGCUGGGUGCUGAUCGGGGAAGCUUAUGUCGAAGGCAUCAUGCAGGGUGAAGCAGCUGCGGGGUUAGAGUACGGAAGCAUCGAUGUUGUCUAAGAGGUGAGGCAGUGUAGGAACGAUACCGUUGUUGCAAAAUCCAGCAACAACACCUCGCAAAGGUGAAUUACUGUCGUCACAGAAAACAUUUGUCUUUGCUGUAGCACAAUGACGCCAAGCUGGCGUACAAAGCGUAAGAGAGGAUAGUCAUUCAGUUCUGAGUGUAGGAAGCUAGCCUCCAAUUGAACGCUGUCUGGCGUCCUCCUUACGACUGUAAUGAUAUUGACGUGGUAUUUUGGAGG